UCAAUCUUAUUUAACUUCAAAUUAAUUUUGGAAAAUAAAGUGAUAACUAAUGCUUAAUUCUUGGGUCAAAGGUCGUUGAUUGUCAAUUUGCUUCUCGUUAGAACUGAGAGCAGAUUUCAGUUUAGGGUUUUGCGUAUGAAAUUGUGUGAUUGAACUAUAUUUUGAUAUAGUGAAUGCACAAAUCAAUUCAAUCGCAAAUCGAAGCAUUGGGUUGAUCAAGAAUCAAAUGAGACUUUUAGCGAUUAGCAGGUUGCUGAUUUUGUUUCUGGUGUUGGCCAUAUUGGAAUCCAACAAUGUGAUUUCUCUACAAGAAUCAACAAGUAACAAAUUCAGAGAGCGUGAAGCCACUGAUGAUUCAGCUGGCUACCCUAAUUUGGAUGAAGAUGAGCUGUUGAACACGCAAUGUCCUCAGAAUUUGGAAUUGAGAUGGCAAGCAGAAGUAAGCUCCAGCAUUUAUGCAACCCCGCUAAUUGCAGAUAUUAACAGUGAUGGAAAAUUAGAUAUUGUGGUUCCUUCAUUUGUUCACUACCUAGAAGUACUAGAAGGAUCCGAUGGGGAUAAAAUGCCAGGCUGGCCUGCUUAUCAUCAGUCCACUGUUCAUUCCAGUCCUCUUCUUUAUGAUAUUGACAAAGAUGGUGUUAGAGAAAUAGCCUUGGCUACAUACAAUGGUGAAGUUCUUUUUUUCAGAGCUUCAGGCUAUAUGAUGUCUGAUAAAUUGGUUGUGCCUCGAAGGAGAGUUCGUAAAAAUUGGUAUGAAGGAUUAAAUCUUGAUCCUGUAGACCGCUCUCAUCCUGAUGUAGACGAUCAACAACUUGUGCAGGAGGCUGCUGAAAUGAACUCAUUGCAUUCAAACAAAACUAAAACAGAAUCUAAUAAUGUACCUGUGAUUCCAUCAACUGGAGGACAUACUGAUAUGGGAAACGUAUCUUUACCUGAGGGAGGCGCGGUAAAUGAUAGUCAAGGAAAAUCAAAUCUUGAAAUUCCUAACAGCACAACUAAAUCUGUUGAUGCUGAGUCAAGUUCCAAUGUAAUGAAUGCAUCAGCUGCAAAUGAGACCAGCAAGAACAUUAGCCAAUUAGAAGAUAUCAGAAAGCAACCAAAUAUGAUGGCUAAUUCUUCUCAAAAUACAGGGUCAAAUGACACUGUACCUGUGGAGGGUGGAGCAGUCAAUUCCUCUUUAACUAGUGGAUUGAAUAGUAAUGUGGGUACAGAAAACAGAACAAAUACUGCUAGACGACUGCUAGUAGAUACUGGUUCCCAAGGAGCAAAUGAAGCUAGUGAAAAUGUUCAAACUGCAACAGUAGAGAAUGAUGAAGGCCUGGAAACAGAAGCUGAUUCCUCUUUUGAAUUAUUUCGUGGUAGUGAUGAGCUAGCAGAUGAGUAUAGUUAUGACUAUGAUGAUUAUGUGGAUGAGAAUAUGUGGGGGGAUGAAGAUUGGAUUGAAUCACAACAUGAGACUGUCGAAGACUAUGUAGAUAUUGAUUCUCAUAUCCUGUCCACUCCUGUCAUUGCUGACAUAGAUAAUGAUGGGGUAUUAGAAAUGGUGGUUGCUGUAUCAUACUUCUUUGACCGCGAUUACUAUGACAAACCGGAGCAUGCAAAAGAUCUAGGUGGUAUUGAUAUUGGAAAGUAUGUUGCCGGUGGCAUUGUUGUCUUCAACCUUGACACAAAACAAGUUAAGUGGACUGCCCCCCUGGAUUUGAGCACAGAUUCUUCCAAAUUCCGUGCUUACAUAUAUUCAUCACCAACUGUGGCUGAUCUAGAUAGAGAUGGGAAUCUGGACAUCCUCAUUGGGACUUCUUUUGGCUUAUUCUAUGUACUCGAUCAUCAUGGUAAGGUGAGAGACAAAUUCCCUCUUGAAAUGGCUGAAAUUCAAGGAGCAGUUGUGGCAGCUGAUAUCAAUGAUGAUGGUAAAAUUGAAUUAGUGACUGCUGAUGUACAUGGAAAUGUUGCUGCUUGGACUACUCAAGGAAAGGAAAUAUGGGAAACCCAUGUGAAAAGUCUUGUUCCGCAGGGCCCUUCUGUUGGUGAUGUUGAUGGGGAUGGCCAUACAGAUAUUGUGAUUCCGACCAUAUCUGGAAAUAUAUAUGUCCUAAGUGGCAAGGAUGGGAAACAUAUUCGCCCAUAUCCUUAUAGGACUCAUGGGAGAGUUAUGAAUCAGGUUCUUCUUGUUGAUUUGAGCAAACGGGGAGAGAAAAAGAAAGGACUGACCAUUGUCACAACAUCAUUUGAUGGUUAUCUAUAUCUCAUCGAUGGCCCCACGUCUUGUGCUGAUGUUGUUGAUAUAGGAGAAACUUCAUACAGUAUGGUUUUGGCGGACAAUGUUGAUGGCGGCGAUGAUCUUGAUCUUAUAGUAACAACUAUGAAUGGAAAUGUUUUUUGCUUCUCUACCCCAUCACCACAUCAUCCACUUAAGGCAUGGAGAUCAGCUUACCAAGGAAGAAACAAUGUUGCAAGUCGAUACAAUCGGGAGGGGAUUUAUGUGUUGCCUUCACACAGAAAUUUUCGUGACGAAGAAGGCAAGAACUUUUGGGUUGAGUUUGAGGUUGUUGAUUCUUAUAGACACUUGUCUGGUACACAAGCACCAUACAAUGUCACGAUGACUUUGCUGGUUCCUGGCAAUUUUCAAGGAGAGCGAAGUAUUAAACUUAAUAAGGUCUAUAAUAGCCCGGGAAAAUAUCGUUUGAAGGUUCCAACAGUUGGUGUAAGGACUACAGGGACUAUAAUACUUGAGAUGGUGGACUCUAAUGGUCUUUAUUUCUCAGACGAAUUCUCGCUUACAUUUCAUAUGUAUUACUACAAACUACUAAAAUGGCUGGUCAUCCUUCCUAUGCUUGGGAUGUUUGGCAUUCUUGUCAUUCUUCGACCACAAGAACCCGUGCCAUUGCCUUCUUUUUCAAGGAAUACGGACUUGUAAAGCUAACAUUUGAAAGCUGUUGGUUUUGGACAAAAUGUAGACUUUUGGGGAGCCUCUACAUAAACUGUAUUGUUGGGACUUGGGAAAAUGCAUUCCCUAGCCCAGAAUUUGAGCUGGGCUAUGAGCGAUGCCUCUUGGAUUGGAGCAGUUGGAAUGAACUACUUGUAAUACACAUUACGCAUACAUCAUUGUCCCUUCUGGUUUGGGUACCCCAGUUGAAUGUUAAUCAAAUGUAAAAACUGUCGACUAGGAGGGGUUAAGGAGAAACUUUUUUUUUUUUUUUUUUUUUUUGGCUUAAUGAGUUAAAAUGUAAUUUUCCUAGCAGUGUUACUUUGUUGAGUGACAAAAUUACUCAUGUGCGGUUAAAACUUUUGGUAGUUAAAUUUAUAUUCCUUCAUCCAUACUCAAAAUCUACUUCAUAAAUUCGAUGAUCAAAUAUCAAGUUAGUGUUUUCCGAAAGCACAAAUCUUUCAGAAUACAUAUUUGUUUUAAUUCAGCAUUAGGAAU